AUGGCAUCCCGUAGGUGUCCUUUCAAGCAGUUUAUCCGGAACGUGCGUUCGGCCAAGACAAUCGCCGAUGAACGAGCAGUCAUCCAAAAGGAGAGUGCGGCCAUCCGUGCGUCGUUUAGGGAAGAGAGCCAUGAUUCGGGCAUCCGGAGAAACAAUGUGGCUAAGCUUCUGUAUUUAUUCACCCUCGGUGAACGGACACACUUUGGUCAAAUCGAAUGUCUGAAGCUACUGGCCUCCCACCGUUUCGCCGACAAGCGCCUGGGAUACUUGGGGACGAUGCUGUUACUGGAUGAGAACCAAGAAGUUUUGACGCUGGUAACAAACUCAUUGAAGAAUGACCUUAAUCACUCCAACCAAUAUAUCGUCGGCUUGGCCCUGUGCGCCCUGGGCAAUAUCGCCUCCGUCGAAAUGUCUCGAGACCUUUUCCCCGAAGUCGAAAACCUAAUGUCUACUGCAAAUCCCUAUAUUCGGAGGAAGGCGGCACUGUGUGCUAUGCGUGUAUGUCGCAAGGUUCCCGACCUGCAGGAGCAUUUCCUGGAGAAGGCAAAGACUCUUCUGUCAGACAGGAACCAUGGUGUUCUGCUGUGCGGUUUAACACUCGCGAUUGACAUGUGUGAAGCUGAGGAGGCGGAAGAAGGCCAGGAGGGGGUGAUCGAGAUGUUCCGGCCGUUGGCCGGUGGUCUUGUGCGCUCCCUAAAGGGGUUGACCACCUCGGGAUACGCUCCCGAACAUGAUGUCUCCGGUAUCACCGAUCCCUUCCUCCAAGUGAAGAUACUGCGCCUUCUCAGAGUACUAGGAAGAGGGGAUGCGGCGACCAGCGAAAUGAUCAACGACAUUCUGGCCCAGGUGGCCACUAACACGGAUUCGACGAAGAACGUCGGCAACGCUAUUCUCUACGAGGCUGUCCUGACCAUUCUCGACAUCGAAGCUGAUUCAGGAUUGAGAGUGCUAGGUGUUAACAUUCUUGGAAAGUUCCUGACCAACAAGGACAACAAUAUUCGUUACGUUGCUCUCAACACGCUGAACAAAGUUGUUGCAAUUGAGCCCAAUGCCGUCCAGCGGCACCGCAACACCAUUCUGGAGUGUCUCCGUGACCCGGAUAUCAGUAUAAGAAGACGUGCCCUUGAUCUCAGCUUCAUGUUGAUCAAUGAGAGUAAUGUGCGUGUUCUUGUUCGAGAGCUGCUCGCUUUCCUGGAAGUUGCCGACAACGAGUUCAAGCCAGCCAUGACGACUCAAAUUGGUAUCGCUGCUGACCGAUAUGCCCCCAACAAACGCUGGCACGUUGACACUAUUCUGCGAGUACUCAAGCUUGCUGGUGCCUAUGUUAAGGAGCAGAUACUCUCGUCCUUUGUUCGCCUCAUAGCCACCACACCAGAGCUGCAGACCUACUCGGUGCAGAAGCUUUAUCUCUCAUUGAAAGAAGACAUCUCCCAAGAAGGCCUUACCCUUGCUGCUACCUGGGUCAUUGGCGAGUACGGUGAUAACCUUCUCCAAGGUGGUCAAUAUGAGGAAGAGGAGCUAGUUAAAGAGGUCAAAGAGAGCGACAUCGUUGACCUGUUCACCAACAUCCUCAAUAGCACAUACGCCACGCAAACAGUGGUGGAAUACAUCACUACGGCCUCUAUGAAGCUUACCGUGCGCAUGUCUGAUCCAGCACAGGUUGAGCGGCUCCGUCGCUUCCUCAGCAGCCGGACUGCCGACCUGAGUGUUGAGAUUCAACAGCGGGCUGUCGAGUACGUCAACCUGUUCGGCUAUGACCAGAUUCGUCGUGGAGUUCUCGAACGCAUGCCCCCGCCUGAGAUACGUGAAGAACAAAGAGUCUUGGGUGCACCGACCAAGAAGCGUCAAAGCAAAAUCCUGAAAGACAAAUCCAAGAAGCCUGCCAAGCAGGCUGAGCAGGACAUGCUCCUGGACCUCAUGGGCGGCGAUGCUCCACCGACCAGCCCGACUACCAACGGUUCCCAAAAUACGGCUGAUCUCUUGGCCGAUAUCCUCGGCGGCGAUUCCAGCUUAUCGUCACCUUCUCCCCAACCUGCGCAGAAGGCAGCAGGAUCCACCAAUACCAGCGCUAUCAUGGACUUGUUCAACACUAAUGGAAGCACGCCCUCUCCCAAACCUGCGGAGCCUGCAUCUUCAGGCUUGGAUCUUCUAGCAGGCUUGAGCUCUUCUGCCUCGCCCGCACCCACUCCUGCGCCGUCGGCGACUCCUGCUCAUACGGCCUUUAACAAGAACGACCUCUCCCUUGCCCUUCAAGUCCAACGUGGUAGCGGUGGAAGUGCGCAGAUUCAGGCUCGUUUCCGCAACAAUUCAAGCUUUGGCCGCUUCUCCAAUGUUGGAUUGCAAGCAGCCGUGCCCAAGAGUCAGAAACUACAGCUAAGCGCGAUCAACAAGGCUGAUCUCGAUGCUGGCGACGAAGGUAUCCAGAUGCUCAAAGUUGCAGCACUAACUGGGGCCCUCCCACCUAAGCUCCGCCUUCGUCUCCGUAUCACGUAUGCCAAGGAUGGCUCUGAUCCUGUAACAGACCAGGUAGACUGGACCGAGCCGUGA